AUGGCCUCUCAAUCGCAACACAACGCAAGCAAUCUGGUCCGCCUACCCAACGAACUUCUUGCCGACAUCGUCGAAGACCUGCUUUUUGAUUGUAAUAAGUGGUUGAGACACUGGAAUACACCGACAUUUCGAAACCUCAAGUCUCUGAGAUUGGUGCACAGAACAUUCGCAGAAUGCGAUAGCUUCAACCACCUUCUGUUCAGAACCAUUGUGCUGGAGCCUACCCGUGCUACGCUCACGUGCCUUCAGCGCGGUGAAUUUUCGCGCGUCGCAAAGUAUGUUCGUUGCGUCACAUUCACCACACCACCGAGCUUGGUGCUUCCAUACCAAGAGUAUGCGAAGAUUCUACGCGACACGCAUCGAUCAUUGGUCUUCACUUCCGAAGAUCUCAAGUCUGGGUAUGCUGCAUAUAUGACCGAUGCCAGAGAUACGCAGGCAUUGCUACAAGAUCCGGAGAGUGAGCUGAAGCAAGCAUGGACAAAAUUCCUCAAAACUUUGGGACACCGUAUUGAAAGGGUCAAGCUUCUAAGUUAUCGUUGUGACAAGAUUCGCGAGGCCAAACAUCUUGACACUCUCAGCAAAGAGGACACCGGCAAGCCAUGGCAGCUUCCUCGACACAGUCACGGAGAAAAAGACGACAUGCUACAUUUUCGGCCCCUCGAAGAGUUUACCGAGCCCACCGCCGAUUAUCUGUGCAAGCAAGCCACAGCUGUCACGGGCGACAAGCUUAUCGCCAUGGUGAUCACGUGCCUGGCAGCUUCGGGUGUUGCUAUCACCAAUUUCAACAUCAAGUUAUUAAUGACAGGUGACAUUGUCUGCAAAGAUAUACCCGGCUGGGAUGAACUCGAUUUCAGUAAGCUCAGAGUACUUCACCUCUCCCCCGAAAUGCCUGCUAGCCAGCGGUAUUAUUGGGGUAGUGCGGGCUCGCAUGCCGAGAAGAUGAAGAUCAUGGCUGGUGGCUUUUGUCACGAUCUGCUGGACAAGUGCCACUCCAGCAUAGAGAACUUUGCCUUUGGCAUUGAUCGUGGAGGGUUGGGUGUUCUUUGCUGGCCAACUCGACUGCACACUCUUGACUUCCCUAAGCUGAUUCACCUGGCCCAAAUGACAAACAUAUGCCCUCGAACCCUUGCACAUUGGAUCCUCCAUUCCAAGAAUCUUCAGUUUCUUCACUUAUCUGGCGGUGUCUGUCAAGGCCCAGUCAAAGCCGACUGGCGCUUUGUCUUUGAUGCGAUAGCUCAACACCCCAACGUAUCGGGGAAGACACCCAAGGGUCUUAAGGUCGGCUUCCAUUCGCUCCAAAUCGCGAGCACAAACCUUACUUACCACGGUGUCAUUUGUGAGAAUGCUAGUAUCGCUACCAAGAGGCGUAAGUGGGAUAUGAGACUCAAGCACCGGGGAGAGGAUAUGAAAAGCGGCCUUGAAGCUCAUUUUUAUGGCGACAUACCUUUGGAGGAGAAUAAAGCGCUGUUAUCCAGAAUCGGACCGUUGCCUCCGGAUUAUGAGGAUGCGAUUCAAGCGACGGAUGGGGAUGAAAUAAUAGAGUAG